UUUUUUUUUCCCCCUUGUAUUUUUUUAUUUAUUUAUUUUUUGGCACAACUUCCCUAGUUCCCCCUCCGCUCCGCUCCGCUCCGCUCAGUUUCGCUCUAUGGACAGAUCAGCAAACCUGGACACGGAGGAGCUCAAGAUGACACGAGAGCAGUAUAUAUUAGCAACACAACAGAACAGCCUUCCAAGGACUGAACAUCCUCAGUUUUACCCAGUAGGGAUUUAUGGAUGGCGAAAGAGGUGCUUAUACUUCUUUGUCCUUCUGCUGUUGGUUACCAUGAUUGUUAACUUAGCAAUGACAAUAUGGAUUUUGAAGGUUAUGAAUUUCACAGUGGAUGGAAUGGGAAAUUUGAGAGUCACUAAAAAAGGAAUACGACUUGAAGGAAUAUCUGAAUUUCUACUCCCACUAUACGUGAAAGAAAUCCAUUCCCGAAAGGAUAGCCCACUGGUCUUACAGUCUGACAGAAAUGUAACAGUGAAUGCAAGAAAUCACAUGGGACAGUUAACUGGACAACUGACAGUAGGAGCUGAUGCUGUGGAGGCCCAGUGUAAGAGGUUUGAAGUGAGGGCAAGUGAAGGUGGAAAAGUAUUGUUUUCUGCAGAUGAAGAUGAGAUUGUCAUUGGAGCAGACAGACUGAAAGUAACAGGCACGGAAGGGGCAGUGUUUGGGCACUCUGUGGAGACACCCCAUAUCAGAGCAGAACCUUCCCAAGACCUCAAACUUGAAUCUCCUACUAGAUCUUUGGUGAUGGAAGCACCCAGGGGAGUGCAAGUCAAUGCAGCUGCAGGAGACUUAAAGGCUACCUGUAGGAAAGAACUGCACUUACAGUCCACAGAAGGGGAGAUAUUUUUAAACGCAGAUACAAUCCGCCUGGGAAAUCUACCAGUGGGUUCCUUUUCCUCUUCUUCCUCCUCCUCCUCCUCCUCCUCUUCCUCCUCACCCAGCUCUUCAGCUCCUCGCCAGACUAUCUAUGAGCUCUGCGUCUGUCCCAACGGUAAACUUUACCUGUCCCCAGCAGGAGCAAGCUCCACGUGUCAAUCCAGUAGCAACAUCUGCUUGUGGAGCUAGAACGACUCCAAUUUAUCCUCACACCAGAAUAGCCUUUUGUUACUAUCCCUCUGCUUCACAGUUCUGCUCGGUUUCCCUUGUGACAAGUUCGACGCUUCAAACGGCCUGCAGAGCAACUUCUU